AUGGAGACCCACCAGAUACCCAGGAGCCCCCGAGGACGGCUGCUGCUGCUGCUGCUGCUGCUGCUACUUUUGUCCUGGGGCCACCGCACGGCCUCAGGAGCCGCCCUGCCUCCCGCGGGGGUCUUCAGACUCCACACCCCCAGCCGGGCUUGGGCGGUUCCGGCCACCCCCCAGUCGCGUCGGAGCCUGGCGCUGGCGGACGAUGCGGCCUUCCGGGAGCGCGCGCGGCUGCUGGCCGCCCUAGAGCGCCGCCACUGGCUGAACUCCUACAUGCACAAGCUGCUGGUGCUGGACGCGCCCUGA